CUGAUAUCAUAUGUUCAUUUAUAGAGCCCAUACUGAUGGAGGGGUCUUCAGAGUUCAGAAUCCUGAAGGACAAGUGGACUGCAGUGUCUGCAGAUGAUAAAAGGUCGGCUCAGUUCGAACACACGGUGGUCAUCACAUCCGACGGGGUGGAUAUUCUCACCAAACUGCCAGAAGAAAGCAACCUAUGACUAAAUUGAACAGCUGACCUUGACAUUGGCUGCUAGAAUCAUUUGAUCGAAUCCCAUUUACAAGAACUUGAGCGGUGCUUCACCUCGACAUAUUUAAAACCACUUCUACAACUUCUCUAUGGUGUUUAAGUUAAAAUUGUAUUAUUAUUUUCCGAGGAUUACAUACAGUAUCACAGUACACACAGUAUUUAUGUAUUCAUUUAGACUAAAAUGUAAAACUUCAAUCUUGAUUCGAGCACAAACAGAAAUCAAUUGUCUGUUACAGAUAAUCUGCUACAUUCAAUGACUCAAGUUGAGCUUUCUGCAUGUCUGAGUGUUUAUAUUGUCAGUAUAAGAGAUCCCCAUACUCUCUCCUUUUUUGGCCCGGCAAUGGGAUGUGUUCAAUCCCUUUGUGACAGUUCAGUAGAUCCCAGGAUAGUUUAAUGUGACCUUUAACAAUCAAGGAGCACUUGUACUGUAACUGUCAAGGGGAGAAAUUCACAUCAGCCGGGUCUUGGCCAGGAAACAUGGAGGCCAUGAGUAAUUAACUUGCUCUCAAGCAAAACCUGUAGCAAUAACUCUUGUUUUAAAAUAAAAUCACUAAAGUAUGAUCACUUGUCAUUUGUUCAUGUAACCAUACAACUAAAUUGUCUGUAAAAAAGUUAAAUGGCUCUUUUUAUGCUGCAACUUAUUUUUUUACAGAAUACAUUUUGUACAAUUUACGUUUUUGCCUCAUCACAAUCCAAUUUGAUCAUAUUUGUUUAAGUAUAUAACAGGGUAUCCACGGGGUCUUGACAAGUAUUAAAAGUUGAUAUAUGAAUUUAGGUAAAAUCAAGACUCUUAAAAAGUAUUAAAAAACCUUGAGUCUUAUUCAAUUUUUACUUUAUAGAUUAAGAGAUUUUUUAAAGUAAUGUCAAACAUGUGUACAAUCAAAUCAGUUCAUUUCUGGAUAUUUCAAAGUUCUAUAAAAACACUUUGCUCAAUAAGAGAGAGACUGAUAUGCCUGUGUUCAGGACUUCUCCGACUACCUACAUACUGAAUAUUAAACUUUUACUGUAUAGAUUAACAUGCUCAUAUUCUAACCAACAUUUGCAGAAGAUUAGAAAGUGGUGAUAUUUUACGUAUUCUGGAGUAAUUUGAAAAUGUAGUUGUUGUAACAUUGUCCAAUUGACACAAAAUUGCUCACCCUCCAUCAGAGCCCCUACUUGAACAGAUCUAUUAGUCUGUAUGUAAUUAUACUGAUGGUGCCACCUACUGGAAACAGGAAAUAAGCUUUGUUUUACAACUAUCAUUCAAUUUACAUAAAGUUUUCACAGUGUGAUGUGCAAUUGAUAGUGUUGACCGUAAAUGAGCAAUUAGCCGUCAAGAAUUAACACCACGUGUCGGACGCAGGAAGGGAAGUGCAAAACGCAAGCAAUUUUUUGUUUUUGGUUUUACUAUCGGUGUUUGUUUAAUUUAAUUAUUGAGUAUUUCUACUUCACUGUCUUAGUACUUUUACUUGUAAUGGAAUAUUACUUUACUGUCUUGGUACUUUUACCUCAGUGAAUGAUCCGAGUUCUUCUUCCACUAUUUGUUUAGUUUAUUUAGUUGCUUAUACUUUAGUACUUGUUUAACAAGUACUUUUAACGAGUAUUUCUACUGUGCAGUAUUAGUACUUUGGUUUCCUCUUCGUCCUCCAGUCCAACAGGGGUCGCUGCUGGCUCGGAGCUAGGAGUCUCUGGUUUCCUGCCGCUUUCUCUCUUUAAUCGCUCUAUGGUUCAGAGACUCGAUGUGCACAGAGAGGAGGAACAUGUCCGUCGUGCAGCCGCUGCGGGUGUUGGUGCAGCUGCUGCGGGUGUUGGUGCUUGAGCGGAUCAAUGCUGUCGCUGAACACUUUCUGCUGCAGGUGGAGAUAGGAGGAGGAAAGGCUCGAGUCCCGGCGCUGAGAGCGAUGCUCACCGAUCUCCUCCUCAUCGAGGAGGACAUCCUCGCGGUGCUUGACGACACCUUGGCAGAGUACGACGACGGAGUGGAGCGGUCCGAGCGGGAGAUCUGCCGCCAGAGGAGGCUGUUCGAUGCCGCGAUGAAGCCCGUAGUCCAGCUGCACAGAGCAGAGUGUCCCGCAGACGUCCAGCAACUGAUGGUGAUUAAAGAAGAGGUUCCCCCUCAGCAGCAGCAGUGGAGCCCCCUUGUCGACCAGGAGGAUCCAGAGCCCCCCCACAUUAAAGAGGAACAGGAGCAACCGUGGACCACUCAGGAUGGACAGCAGCUUCAAGGACUGGAGGAGGCUGAUAUCAAGUUCACAUUGACUCCUGUCAAUAUGAAGAGUGAAGAAGAUGAAGAGAAACUUAAAUCGUCAAAGCUUCACCCGAGUGAGACGAAGGAGUCCAGAGCGGACUGUGGAGGACCAGAAUGGACGAUUACAACAAGGUACUGAGGACAAGACUGAAGACUCUUCUGAGACUGAAGACAGUGAGGAUGAUUGGAUGGAGACCAGGGAACCUCAGACUGGUUUAAAUACCAGAAUUAACAAACAGCAUCUAAGUUAUAUGGCAUGUAAGACAGAAGAAAAAUCGUUUAGUUGCUCUGAGUGUGGUAAAAGAUUUAACCAAAAGAGCAGUCUAGAUAGACAUAUGCCGAUUCAUACAGGAGAGAAACCGUUUAGUUGCUCUGAGUGUAGUAAAAGAUUUAACCAAAAAGGCAAUCUAGAAUCACAUAUGAGGAGUCAUACAGGAGAGAAGCCGUUUAGUUGCUCUGAUUGUGGUAAAAGAUUUAACCAAAGAGCAAUCUAGAAUCACAUAUGAGGAUUCAUACAGGAGAGAAACAGUUUAGUUGCUCUGCGUGUGGUAAAAGAUUUAGCAAUAGGGGAAUCUAAAAUCACAUAUGAGGAUUCAUACAGGAGAGAAACCGUUUAGUUGCUCUGAGUGUGGCAAAAUAUUUUACCAUAAGUGCAGUCUAGAUAAACAUGAGGAUUCAUACAGGAGAGAAACCAUUUAGUUGCUCUGAGUGUGGCAAAAGAUUUAACCAUAAGUGCAGUCUAGAUAAACGUAUGAGGAUUCAUACAGGAGAGAAACCGUUUAGUUGAUCUGGGUCUGGUAAAGGUUUAAGAUUCAUUCCUAUUGUACGAGACGUGAGGACUCAUAAAGGAGAGAAGUGAUUCAGUUGCAACCUUCGCAACAAAAGAUUUAUUAGGAUUUAUCAGCAGAUAUUCAUAUUAUUCAUCGUACAUUUUUUUACAGAUUAUUAACAGUUUUUAUGUCCCUAGAAAAUAUAACUCAUUGAAUAACGAAGAUUUUUGUUAAUAUAUAUUAUUUCUACUGAUUUCUACAUCAUUUAUCUAUUUUUCACAAUGUCCUUCAUGUCAUUUUAAGGUUAAAGUGUGUUCCUCUCACAGUAUGAAUGUGUAUUCUUAACUAGUUCAUAUGAUUAAAUAUGUUUGUUUUAAAACAAUGGUUUCUUGGUUCGCGAGAUUCAAUGACAGAUUUUGUUCUCCUUUAUGUAUUGAAUGUGUUUCCAAGAAUAAAAGUCUAAUAAAAAGAUAA